GGGGACGCGGCAUCAGCUGAUUUGCCAGAAGACGCGAGGCCGUGAGAGAGGGAACACGUCUUCGCCAAUUCCUCCUCAAUUACUGUGACAAUGGCGUUUAAAUCGUGUUUUUUUCUGCUGGUGGUGUCCCUGGGUUUGUCUCGAGGUGGGAAGAACAUUGAGGAAGAUCAGUAUGGUGUGAGAUAUGCCACGGAUUGUGAAGUUUGUAAGCUGGUGAUGAAGGAGCUCGGGGAAAAGUUGCAGGCAAAGGACUCCUCGGGUGUCAUCGAGACGGGAUAUAACAUCGAUGCGUCCAAGAAGAAGACCAAAUACAAUAAGUCCAAUAAGGGGGUGAAGGUUGACUUAGGUAUCCCAAUGGAGUUAUGGGAUGAGCCGUCAGCGGAAGUGACUCAUCUUAAGACCCAGUGUGAACAAUUUAUUGAAGAUCACGAAGAUGCUAUAAGCAGUUGGUACUUUGGCGAUCAGACUAAAUCUCUCCAGGCAACCGUUUGUAAGAAGACCCUCAAGGAAAAGAAGUGUCUUUCUGAACCUUAUGGUGAGGACAUCACUGCUGAGGAACAAGCCAGGGAAGAAAUGGGAAAUAAAAAGAAGCAGAAAGGGGACAGAAGCAAGACGAGGAAAAAUGAGCUGUAGUUCUUUUUAUCAAUUCUUUUUUUAGGUCACAAUAAAUCUAUUUUAGAAUUCAGAAGUCAUUUUUUUAAGAGUCAUCCUCGAGUGAUCUUCAUUUUGAUAUUUAUGUUUCAGUUUUAAGUAUUUAAGAUGAUCAUGUUAAGGGCAUAUACAGUCAUGUUGGAGUAGAUUUGAUAUGGUCUUGAAAGGAAUAAAAUAAAAAUAGCUCUGCAAGUACAGAUUUAGCAUAAUAAACCUUUAGUUAAUACAUUUUAAAGAAUAUAUUUUGUGAUUUUAUGGUGUAUCUAUAUUUCUGAUGUAAUGAAGCAAGAUUUUUAUUAUGAUAUGGUCACAUAAAUCACCCUCUUGUGUCAAUAUUUAGUCUUUGAUUACAAGAUCACCUGAAAUCCUCUUUGACUAGCAACCACCUCCUAAGCUGGUGUUCUGGCAUGAGAUAGGAGGUUACCCAUGUCUGAUCCAGCAUCUAGUGUAUUGAAGGGAUCAGACAAAGGGAAAUUCCAGCUUAUUGUGAUAUCACUGUGGGAUCGUCCUCAGAUGCAAGCGGUCAGUUUAGAUUUUAAUACUGACUAUUAUUUUCUUCAUAUUUCUGCACAUUGGAUGUUGUUGUAAAUUGGGAUCUUGAGAAAUUACCAGAGUACAAGAAGUGAAUAUGAGUCUGCAAUGGAGAAUUUUUCUGUACAAGGGAAAUCCUGAAUUAAGACAUUCCUUAUUCAGAGUCUGAUGUGCACUGUGACAAGGCUUAGAUAUUAUUAAAUGACUGAGUUACAUACCCCAA